CUGCCGCCUCCCGGGUCGCCGGCCGCCCGCGCGCUGGCUCGGCUGGGACCCGCAGCCAUGGAGGACUUCAUCGUGAUCUCGGACGACAGCGGCUCCGAGAGCUCCGGGGGCGCCCGCUCGGGCCGGGCGCGGAGGCUCCGCCGGGCCCUGUCCCGCACCCCCGGUGCGCCUCCCCGCCGAACCGUGGACUUCAUUGACUUAACUAGAGAAACCAGACCAAGGGCAAAGGAUCGCAGUGGACUCUGUGUGAUUGACCUGACAAGAUCUGAGGAAGAAAACAGACCCAUUGCCACUCUUGACCUGACUCUAGAACCUGUUGCUCCUGCCCAGAAGGAGCCAGCCAGUCUUCAAACAUGUGCCAGCCUCUCCAGCAAGGAGGUGGUGGAAGGGCAAGUGGAUAGAAGCUCUCGGCAGACAGCACAGAGAAUCAUUAACAGUGAUCCUGUGGAUUUGGACCUUUUGGACGAAACUGCAUUUGAAGGUCCUCAACCCCCUACAUCCAUCAGUGGGGACUCUGUUUAUCCAGCAGAGCCAAACUGUAGCUCAACCAUAUUCAAAGGUGACCUUGGCUUCUUGGCAAGCCUACAACUAUCUUCAAACGUUCAGUCCCUCUCCCCAACAAGCAAUAAUGGUAGCAGCAGCAAUCGAAGGGCACCCUUGCCAUGCCCGCAGCAAGAUGUGCCUUGCCCACCACAAGCCUUGCCAUGCCCACUGCGCACCUUGCCAUGCCCACUGCGCGCCUCACCAUGUCCACCACGCGCCUCCUCGUGCCCACCGCGAGCCCUGUCAUGCCCAUCACAAACCGUGCAGUGCCAACUACAGACUUUGCCUCACCUGCCUCAGGAAGUGCCAUGUCCUCCUCAAGAUGUGCCAUGCCCUCCACAGAAUACUCCAGGUCCACCUCAGGGCUCACCUUGGCAUCCUCAACACUCACCAAGCCCACCUCAAGACUCACUCUGCCCACCUCAAGAUGUAACAGGCCCACCUCAAAACAUAUCAUAUCCACAGGGUGUGACACACCUGCGAGACAUGUCACUGUCCCUGGGAGACGUGCCACAGUCCCUGGGAGACAUGCCACAGUCCUUGGGAGACAUGCCACCAUCCCUGGGAGACAUGCCACCAUCCCUGGGAGACGUGCCACCAUCCCUGGGAGACGUGCCACCAUUCCUAGGAGACGUGCCACAGUCCCUGGGAGACGUGCCACAGUCCCUGGGAGACAUGCCACAGUCCCUGGGAGAUAUGCCACAGUCCCUGGGAGACUUACCACCGCCCCUGGGAGACAUGCCACAGUCCCUGGGAGACAUGCCACCAACCCUGGGAGACAUGCCACCAUCCCUGGGAGACAUGCCACAGUCCCUGGGAGACUUGCCACCGACCCUGGGAGACAUGCCACAGUCCCUGGGAAACAUGCCACAGUCCCUGGGAGACAUGCCACAGUCCCUGGGAGACUUGCCACCGACCCUGGGAAACAUGCCACAGUCCCUGGGAGACAUGCCACCAACCCUGGGAGACAUGCCACAGCCCCUAGGAGACUUGCCACGGUCCCUGGGAAACAUGCCACAGUCCCUGGGAGAUGUGCCACAGUCACCAGGAGAUGUGCCACAAUCAUCAGAAGACAUGCCACAGUCACCAAGAGAUGUGCCACUGUUACCAAGAGAUAUGCCACAGUCACCAGCAGAUGUACGACAGUCACUAAGAGACAUGCCACAGUCACCAGGAGAUGUGCCACAGUCACCUGGAGAUUUCCCACACUUAUCAGGAGAUGUGCUGCGUUCACCUGGCGACGUGCCACACUUGCCAGAAGAUGUGCCGCACACACUUGGAGACUUGCCUCAUUUGCCACGAAUCAGGCCUGACUCUCCCCCAAACGACAUACAGAACCGCGACACGCCUAUGGACAUCUCAGCUCCAUCCUCUCCACGCUGCUCUCCCAGCCCACAGUCUCCACAGUCUGAAACUCCCUUAGAGAAAGUUCCAUGGCUCUCGGUCCCAGAAACGCCAGCCAGAAAAGGGAUGUCACUGUCCCACCCGGCCGGCGCCGCGUUGGCCCGGGUACCAGCACAAGCGCCGCGAGGCGGGCCGCACAGCAGGCCGUGCCUGCACAGGCUGAAGUUCUUCCUGCGGCCUCCGGUGCAUCACCUCUUCUUCCAGACACUGAUCCCAGAUAAAGACUCGAGAGAGAGCAAGGGUCAAAAAUUAGAACCCAUUCCUCAUCGAAGACUAAGAAUGGUAGCAAACACCAUUGAAGAAAAUUUUCCCCUGGGGACUGUGCAGUUUCUGAUGGACUUUGUGUCACCCCAGCAUUACCCACCCAGAGAAAUUGUGGCUCACAUCAUCCAGAAAAUCCUGCUCAGUGGCUCCGAGACUGUGGAUGUCCUAAAGGAGGCCUACAUGCUUCUCAUGAAAAUUCAACAGCUACAUCCAGCUAAUGCCAAGACGGUAGAAUGGGACUGGAAGCUCCUCACUUAUGUCAUGGAAGAAGAGGGACAAAAUCUGCCCGGGCGAGUCCUUUUUCUGCGUUAUGUAGUGCAGACCCUGGAAGAUGACUUCCAGCAGAUCCUGAGGAAGCAGCGACAGCACCUGCAGCAGUCCAUCGCGAGCACUGUGCUCUCCUGUGACAAGCAACCCCACAAUGUCAGGGAUGUCAUCAAGUGGUUGGUCAGAGCAGUAACUGAAGACAGAUUAACUCAGCCCCCAGAUGAGAAUGAAACCUCUCCAGGAACAGGAAUCUUGAAGGCCAGCAGUAGCCACCCUCCUCCCGAGCCCAACCUGACAAAGAACACCAAUCAGCUGAUUGUGUGCCAGCUGCAGAGGAUGCUGUCCAUAGCCGUCGAGGUGGACAGGACCCCCACAUGUAGCUCCAAUAAAAUUGCUGAAAUGAUGUUUGGGUUUGUGCUGGACAUUCCUGAGAGGAGUCAGAGAGAGAUGUUCUUUACGACCAUGGAAAGCCACCUCCUGCGCUGCAAGGUGCUGGAAAUCAUAUUCCUGCACAGCUGUGAGACUCCCACUCGCCUGCCCUUGUCUCUGGCCCAGGCCCUCUAUUUUCUGAACAAUUCCACAUCACUGCUCAAGUGCCAGUCGGAUAAAACCCAGUGGCAGAUGUGGGAUGAGCUGGUCGAGCACCUGCAGUUUCUGUUAUCCAGUUAUCAACAUGUUUUACGAGAGCACUUACGGAGCUCAGUGAUCGACCGGAAAGACCUAAUCAUCAAAAGGAUUAAGCCGAAGCCGCAGCAAGGAGACGACAUCACGGUGGUGGAUGUGGAGAAGCAGAUCGAGGCCUUCCGCAGCCGCCUGGUCCAGACGCUGGGGGAGCCACUGGUGCCGCAGCUCCAAGACAAAGUGCACUUGCUGAAGCUCCUGCUCUUCUACGCCGCCGACCUGAACCCCGAUGCGGAGCCCUCUCCAAAGCCCUGGAGCAGCCCCUGAGGGCCUGCCGAGCCCUGAGCACCAAGGAUACCUCCUGAACUCCAUCUCCAGCUGCUUGGAAAUCCUCCAAGUACAGAAAGUAGUUCAAAAUCGUACAGGACCAAACCUGUCUUAUUUAUCUAUAGGCUGUAACAACUUUCUAACUCUUUAGUAAAUAUCUUUUUUUUUUGAAUAAUCCUAUCCUAGCCUGUUCUCAGACGGCUUAAAUAUAUAAGGUGUAUAUAUUUUUUAAUAAAUUAUUUAUGUAUACUUUUUUUGAAACAGGUAAUACUAUAUGCACUAUAUGUUUAACAUUUCCAUUCAAGAUGUGAAAAAAGAAUCCCUGUGCUGAACAAAUCCUGGACAUCAGUGCUAUGUCAUUCACGGUACUGACAGCCUGUUUCAGAAGAGAAAGACACAUUCGUCUCUCCCUAAUGGAACAGAGGCAUCCUACAUCGGACCUGUUCUGUUGCUGAAGAAUUUGACUUUGUGGCCAGUCUAUUAAGAUCUAAUGUAAUGACGGGGGGGUUAGAAACAAAAGGAUUGUGUGUUACAAAAAAAUCUGAUGUUAAAAGGAUACAAUAAAAAGGCAAUGGUUUUUGAAAAUACCAAGCGUAUCAUGCUUAGGUCCCACCACUGCGAGGAGGCAGAAUGGAGUCACGACUCUUAACAGGACAAAAAAAAAAAAAAACACUGCCAGCCGCCUUUGAGAAAGUAAUAAGGAUUUUUAUUGUCAAAACAGGUAAGAGGUAACAAGCAUAACAGAAGACACAAAUAAAUUAAUUGUUCUGAUCCUUUUAGACCCCAGGGCGUCUCAGUGGGAAGGUCAGCUCAGCUCCUUACCGUCCAAGGCCACAGACAGCAGGAGCCUGAGCCGGCGGCAGGACAGUGACUGGACAUGUGCACAGCGAGGCGAAAGGAGGCGGCGGUCUCCCUGGCUCCUCUCCUCAGUAAGACACGUGUUUACAAGGUAUGAGCUCAUGUGGAGGGACAUAUAGAAAAAUGUUUAAUUCUUCCACCUCCCAGAAAAAAAAAAAAAAGUUUCAGGCCCUGAACAAGAAAAUCGAUACAAGGUGACAUAUAAGGUGACAGCA